AUGGAAAAUAACAGCUCCUGCCACCAACAACAAGCUCUGAGAACAUCACGCCAUGGCAGGCUUCUUCGAGACGUCCUCGUAUUUCUCGCGACAUCUCUUCUAUGGGUCGCAGCGUUCUACCUUCUAGUGCCCAGUCCUCUGAACCAGAACACGGGCGGCAAGGUCACCAAUGGAGAAGACGGGGGAAGUCGAACUCCAACAUCGAGUGACUACAUCGCAGCUUUCCACAAUGUCACUUCCAACGCCGAAUAUAUCUCUUGCGGAAAUUCCACAGCCGAGGCGAAGAAGAUGGGUUGCAAGUACGAUACCCUCCUGAAUUAUUGGGUUCCGUCACAAUGCUACGACCGAGAGUUCGAAACAGAAUACAAAGAUGACGAUAGCUGGAAUGCAUUCGCGGACCAAAACUUGACUCAGCCCAUAGCCGCAGAAUCAAUGGGUGACCAAAAAGUCUAUUAUACUUCAAUUCGGGACCAUCUAAACCACUGUUCGAUGCUCUGGAAAAAGCAAUUUUGGACUCUUUUCGAGGAACGAACCGCGUUUGAUGGCAUCAUUGUUAACUCCUUCCACACGGAGCAUUGUGCCGACUUUCUCAAGGAUAUCUACGGAUCAAACCGAACUGAAGCGACGCUCGUCAGGGUUGGCUUCUCAGGAUGCUGGAUUCGGAACUUUAGCAAGGAUGUCUAG